GAACAGAAAAGAGGGGUUUUGGGGGAUAGAAAAUUAGAAAUCGACAUCGCGUGAAAAGAACUAUUUCAAGUUUCCAACUUCCUUUUUAAAAAAUUGCUUGCCGUAAACGACGACGGAGCCGGACAAACGUUGCGGUUCCGUAUAUCGCCUCCCAUUCAGAUUCUUCAUCGUUUUGAUCACUAUUAAAAUCAGUUCUCUCUGACUCACAAUUCGUUUACUCACACAGGAAUUUCUAUAUCCGCUGAUUAACUUUCCAUUCGAUUCGAUUCGAUCCCUUCUCUCAUUCCGUCACGAUCAUAGCCGAUGGCUUCUUCUGCAGACUCAUGGAUGAAGGAAUAUAAUGAAGCGUUAAAACUUGCUGAUGAUAUCAAUGGCAUGAUUUCUGACAGGAGUUCAUUUCCGGCAUCCGGUCCAGAUGCUCAGCGCCACGCAUCUGCUAUGCGGAGGAAGAUCACAAUAUUAGGGACAAGACUUGAUAGCUUACAGUCCCUUUUGUUGAAGCUCCCUGGAAAACAUCCAGUGUCGGAGAAGGAGAUGAAUCGUCGCAAGGACAUGCUUGCAAAUCUGAGAUCAAAAGUUAACCAGAUGGCUUUGGCAUUAAACAUGUCAAACUUUGCAAACAGGGACAGCCUGCUUGGCCCAGAAAUAAAGCCAGCUGAUGUCACAACCAGAGCAGCUGGUUUGGAAAACUCUGGUGUUGUUGGGCUUCAACGACAAAUUAUGAAAGAGCAAGAUGAGGGUCUUGGGAAGUUGGAGGAUACUGUCGUAAGUACAAAACAUAUUGCAUUGGCAGUCAAUGAAGAACUUGAGCUACACACUAGGCUGAUUGAUGAUUUGGAUGAACGUGUGGACAUUACGGACAGCAGGUUACGGCGGGUGCAGAAGCAUUUGGCGAUUUUGAAUAAGCGCACUAAGGGUGGUUGCUCUUGCAUGGGUUUGCUCUUAUCAGUUAUUGGGAUCGUGGUUCUAGUUGCUGUCAUAUGGUUGUUGAUAAAAUAUUUGUAAUUGCAACAAUGGCAAACCCCACCAUCUGUGUGUGCCUGUAUCUUUGUGUGAAUGGAGCUUUCUUGUUUCCCAUCAUGUUAUAACAAUACAUGUGGGUUUCUUGUCUUCUUUGGGUGCUUUGUUUGUGUCACGAAAUUUCUGAGGUGUCGAGAUACUUUGUAAAUUGCGCUUGUUAAUCGGCAUAUUUAAAUAUCUAUAUUUUCUUCCUCUUG